GAGGUGUCGGUGCUGUCUCCGUUCUCUCUGCCUUCGAACCGUGUCCCUACCCAUUGUCUGCAUUAACAACAAUUAAUUCAAUUCAACCCCAACCGAAAACCUACUUGCGAGACGUAUAAGUGCACUUUCAAAGGAACGUGUGCGUCGAUAAAGUGAUUUUAAUGAUGUAGUGAUUUGGAUUUUGCUUACUGCGAUGCAAGUGCUUUACGCGUAGUGCCCUCGCCCAGCGGAAAGUUUAAAAAUACGGAGAUGAAGCGCGCCGCGCUCCGCAAGAUCGUGUUUAUGAAACUUGCUAUUUUCGUGUCUUGACUGCCACGUAGUGGUGCGUUUUGCUUCGUUAUUUAUUUUCGAGCCAAGUGUAACGACAUUUCGCAUCAAUUAUAUUGUGAUCUUUGUUUCGGUCUUCCGCAAUUUCGUUUCGCCACAACUUCUUGAAUGACUGCUGCGAUUCAUUGUUUACUGUUGGUUUUUAAGUGUAUUGUGAAAUUUACUCACGUUGGAUACCCUAAUAUUUAGCGAUAUAUUUUUGGAUUAAUUGACUUUUAAUGAAUAACGGCAAAGAUGACCAAACUAAACAUUCUGCCAGUCUGGGGCUGGCCUAACUACUGUUUUGGAUAAAUAUCAUAAGGUGACAGCUUAUAGGCAGGUGUUUGCCUGCAGAGCAUGGAUGUUACGUUUACCAACGUAUUGGAGGGGGCGCGACAGUAUUUCCAGGGUCUGCCGUCAGCCAGUUCUGUCGAUGGUACCUUUUAUCAACACCAGAAUGCACCAUAUCAAAACACAGAACAGAAUGGAUGCUCGGCAGUCCCCUCUGCAUCUCAACCAUCUUGGUCUCAGUGCGAACCGAACAGGCCACCUACUAGGGAACAAACACCGCUCCAGAGGCCAUCAUCACAUAGUUCGGACGGUUCGAGGCCUCCGUCUCAAUCGCUACAGUAUCAAGAUAUCUCAAGGCAAUAUACUAACUCUUACCCAAAAGAGUCAUUGCCUCAAACGCAACAUCAGGGUUUUACAUUCUCCCGUCCACAGUCAAGGGAAGCUCCCUCCAAUCAGUAUCAGUCGCAUAGCGUCACCAACUCUCCCUAUAUUCAACCUGCGACGACCCAACUGGGCCGGACUCCAUCUAAAGAACAGGUAGCACAGCCGACUCAGAAUUAUCAACAUCACCAAUCUCCGAGAUAUCAAGGGCAUAUGCCCCAUGAAAAUUAUCAACAAAUUUCGUACUAUCCGUCGGCACAAUCUCAACACAGAGGCGGCAACAACUUUAAAACCCCACCCACUCAGUCGUAUCCGGUAACUUCGCAAAACGUGUAUCCGACGCAAAAUACUUAUACACCGCAAAUGCAGAAUACUUUAUCUCAUCAAAGAAAUUACGCUACGCAGAGUUCUAAUUCCGUUUUGGUGUCCGCGGGCGCAAAUAACUUUGUCACGGGGCAGUCACAUCAGAGUAUUGGACAGAACGAUUCGGCCCAAUCUUCCUUUCGAAAUACUCACAAUUUACCACCGAUUGCAUCUUUGUCUAAUUAUCAUUCCAAUAGAAAUUCCAAAGAAGUAUCGGGGAAUAUUGCCAGCAAUGCUUCAAUAUCAAGGUCGUCUUUGCAAGCGAGUUCUCACGCAGUGAGUAUGAAUCAACAUGUGAUACAACAGAGCCAGGCUAAGUCAGAAAAUUACCCUAGAACUAGUUCGAUGUAUAAUGUAGAACCUCGGAACAACAAUCCUAAAAGUCAAUCGCAAUCGCAAAGUUAUUCGUACGUCAACACUUUCAACAAUGCAGCUGGGACUUCAUCGAAUACAACGUCAUACUAUUCUGGAACAAAACAAUCAUCUCAAAUGUGCUAUCAGCAUUUCAAUCAGUCGAACCCAGAAGCCCAGUUAAACGAAACGGCGAAUCGACCGACGCAAGUAAUUAACAACGGCGCAUCUCACGACACGAGGUCGGUCGGUGUGAUAAAGCAAAAACGAGAAAGUCCGCUGGAUCUGUCGGUGAAAACCGUUCGUACCUCUGCCGAUUCAACGUUAGAGGAAUAUGAUGUAAAUAAUAAAGUCGUUCUUAACAGGUCUAUUCCGAAUUCGCAUUCAAACACAAGCGUUUCCAGUCACAGCUACCCAACUCUUGAUAUAAGUUCAUUUCAAAGGAAUCUUUCUCAUAGUUCUCAAAUAUCAGCUGCAUCAGCACCAAAAGUGGAUUUCCAUCCUAACUUUAAUAUUCCUACUAUGGGACACGCGAAUCGCAUGUUAGGAAAGCAACCUGAUGAUUCCAGGACGCCUCCGCAAGAAACAUCAAACAGUAUUAAAUUAGACGGUAGCUACAAUUCGUAUCCUGGAGUUUUUCAAAAUGUAUCGAAUGUGCCAGUAUCCUCUACAGCUUCGUAUUCUCACAAUCACACAGCUGUGAAAAAUGUCGUACGAACGGAUUACUCGGCGUCCGAGCAACAGAAAGACAGCCAACGAUAUGCUUACCAGAGUUCCGAAAUUACAAAGAAACGGACAGCCGAUAUUACAUCGAACAUAGUUCCAAACAAAUUAGCCAAAGUCGACAAUUGGAGGCAGUCUAUAGAUCUUCAGAUUGAACAGAAACUUUCCUCUUAUAAACAGCAGCAACAAAAACAACUCCAGAUGGAACAACAAAGUGUUAAUCCCAUGAACAAACCUCCCACCAAUUCGAACGAAAGUUUCAGUGCAUCUUCCAAUGGAAAUUAUAAUAGAAAUUAUAGUUUUCAGAAGGAUUGCAAAUUCUCAACGUUUCAAACAAAUUACAAUCCAUCCCACAGUUAUCAUACGCAAUCUAGUCUGAGACAAACCUAUGUACCUUCACCAGUCGCGCACCAAUAUCCAGAUUACCAUAACUCAAACAUUAGGCAUUCUCAAAAUGCCUAUACGAAUCCAGCUUCGCAGACCAAUACAUCCUCAAACGCUUCUGGCUUAAACAAGCAGAAUAUUGGGGGGGCGGUGGACAAAAGAGUUCUUAGUUUGUUGCGUACCAGUAUAGAAGUUAAAGAACAAAAGAAGAUGGAGCAACUGAAAUCGUGCGAAAAUUUACCUUUGCACCCUAGACCCGAUAUUCAGCAUCCCAAUACAGAUGUUACCGCACCGUUGCAACCCAAAUUAGGUGUUAUUGGUAGAAACAAUACGUCGCCAUUUACUCCCACCAGUUUUCCAGAAAAUAACAUGGCAUCUACUUACAAGUUUCCCAAAGCCACCGAAUCUGUAAGCUGUGAUUCUUACAUUAAACAAACGGAAACUGAGAUCAUUAAACAAGCUGAGACUAACUCUAUGAUAAGCACUGGUGCAAAUAGCGAUUACGAUGGUUUGGCUGCACGGAUUCGGACUAAAGGGGAACUGAAGCAAGGCGGUCCGAUGAAUACCAACGGAAUAACAUCUAAAACUUCUAUAAUUCAGACUUUUAUUAAUGAACAAAUAAAGUCUCCUACACUAACGACCCAGAAUAUUGGGAGUCCACCCAAGUUAUUGAAGGAAAAGCUUGGGCAGUUUGCUCCGAGAAAAAGAUUAUUUAGUCGUAACGAAGAAGAGUCGGGAAAUAAUCUUCCUGCUAGGGAUAAGUCAGGAUUACGCAGCUCAUCGGAAACUUCAGUGUUUGAUUUUCCGGACUCAGACGACGACAACGAAAUGCCUGUGUUAGAGCGACAAUCUUUGGAGUCAAUGAGGAGGGACAGAAAAUCGUCAUUUAAAUCGACUCCAGCCCCUCUAUUUAAUGCCGAAGCCAAGGAUCUCAGAUCUGAAUCGCCUAGACCAGCUACGCCAGAUGAUAUUUUCGAUAGUCUGUGUAAUAGCUUUGUUGAUGAAUUAAAAAAUGGAACUACAAAGAAGCAAAUAAAAGACGAUAACGCGGAGAGCAUAGCUGUAUUACAAUUAUGUCCGCCGGAAAAUGUAGCUCGUAGCGAGAAAAAUGUUGGGGAGAAAGUAGAGUUAUCAGAUAACUGUGAGUCAAGCAGUAAGAUAGCUGAGUCUAAAACCUCUACCCCCACACUUAAACAGGAUGAAGCGGAGACAGAGAGUGAAAUUAAAAGAGAUGAGCGAAGUGCGUUUAGAAAUAAGAACAGAGUAAGACGUAAAUUAGUUUCAUCCAGUGAAAGUAGUGAUGAUGAUGAUGAGGACAUCCCUGUCGUAGAUAAUGGACGUUCUAAUGCACCUAUAGAACAAGAAGCUGAUGCAAUUGCUACGGAAGCUAGUCAAGGGAAGGAAGUGAUCGAUGUCGACGCAAAAAUGUCUCAAAAAAGUGAACAACUUUCCGUUGUAAGGCCCGCUCGAAAACCUUUAUUUGGAACCGGUUCUGAAUUUGGGCCAGGUUGGGAAGAAGAAGUGUAUAGGUAUAAGAAAUCUUUACGUAUGCCCGCUAGUCUGAUUCAAGUGACGCGUCCUCCAGCAUCUAUGCGUUUAUCGACGUCAUUACCAGAUUUGGAUCCAUGUCCUCAGUCCCCCACAUCAUCUGUGACGACUGAUAUAGAAAAUAAAGAAACGAAUAAAAAGACAAUGCAGAAGGUUAAGUCGGAGCCACUCGAUAGUGAUAGUGAAUCCAUGAGUAAUUUUAAUAUUUUCAGUAAAAAAACAAAUUAUGAUUCGGAGGGAUCGUGUUCAGUAAAAAGUCUACCUAAUACCAGAAAGGAGAAUAUGUCCAUUCUGGACAAGCUGCUUGAGAAGUGUGGCGGUCGAAAGAAAAGGAAACAAAAAAGUAAAGACGACCAUGGUCUAAAGCUUAUUCCCAAAGCCGAAAAUCCCAUCGAACUUUUGCCGACUCCGGGCCUCGAAUUACCGAAAGAAAAAUGCUCCGAAAAUGCGAAAAACAAAAGUCCGGUAAAAACCGAAAAAUCAGAAUUACUGCCAUUUAGAAAAGAUACUGUUCAAAAUUUUAAAGACGCUUUUAUAAAAAGUAAUAACAAUGUAAUUCACGACAAAUUUACAACUGUUGUUUUGACAUCUAGAACGAGGAAAGGAACCAGGGCGUUAAAGCAAAGAGCCACCAUUAAAGAAGUGUUUGGCGAAGACAGGCCAGCUUCCGCACCACCGGUGACCUGUAUUGACAAUGUCAAAGUUAAAGAAGAACUCGAAGAUGUCAAAAUGUUUUCUGUCAAUCUGGAACAGUUAGUGGCUGUUAAGGAGGUCACUAAAAACUUGACCACGAAACACAGGAAACAACCUGCAUCCGAAACAAAAAUUAAAGAAGAAAUUGUAGAUGAGGAUCUAGAAGAGGAAAAAUUUGGAAAUUUGAUAAUCAAAAAUGAUCCAGACGCGAAGUACGAAUCUGUAUCGCUAGACGGUGAUGAUUCUAAUUUAACGACGAGGAGAAAAAAUAAAUUUGGCAAAUUGAGGCGAAAAUUGAGUUCAGGGUUCGAUUACAUAAGGAAAAAGAAAAAAACUAAAAAGGAGAACGUUGAGAAUGAAGUCACGGAAAGAAAGAAAAAAGUUACCGCUAAAACGCCCGAAUCAGUGGACGAUAUUCAGAGAGAAAUCAAAUCUUGGGUUUUGAAUAAAGGAAUUGGUGAAUCUCAUUUGCAUAGAGCCGCAAGACUGGGAUAUACGGAUAUCACGGCAUAUUGUUUAGAAAAAAUGGACUCUCAUCCGUCGCCAAAAGAUAAUGCUGGAUACACUCCACUUCACGAAGCAUGUGCGAGAGGUCACCUUCACAUAGCGAAACUGCUUCUUAUGUAUGGUGGGAAUGUUCACGAAUCAGCUCAGGGUGGGAUCAGAGCACUGCACGAAGCUGUUGAAAAUGGGUUUGUUGAAGUAGUAAGACUGUUGUUAUCUUAUGGUGCGGACCCAGCAUUGGCAACUUAUUCUGGAAUAACACCAUUGAGUUUAGCCAAUGAUGAAAAUACCAGAAAUCUCUUAAAAGAUCACCUGCUGGAUUUACAAGGCGAAAAAGGUCCUCCUUGGCAGUUUCAUGGACCAGCUUCUUGUUUUGAUCCUGUAGAAGACCUCGGAUACAAUGUACUGGACGACAGUCCAAAAAGUGAUUCAGAACAGGAGUUUGAAGAUAUUGAAUUUGAAGUAUCUGAAACUCUUUUACCAAAUCUUUACACACUUCGUGGUGAGCCAUCGUCAGAGAGGUGGAUCCUGCUUCAAGAUCUGUCCAACCUUCUUAAAGUAAAAUCUCGUGACGCAUUGUUAAGGCAAAUCGCGCCGCCUUCUAGUUCGGGUUCCCAACAAAGUGUUAAGAGUCUGCUUAGAGAACUCAAAAUGACAGACUUUUUAGAGCAGGCGCAUUGUUGCCAAUUUUUAAAUCAAGGUGAAAAAAUCAACACGAGAGCGUCAAAAAUAGCUUUAGUAAAGUAUACCGAUAGAGUGAAGGAACUUUUAGGUAUUGAAUCAACAAUAGUGAGUAGGUGACAAAAAAUUAAAAACUCUCUUUAAAUGACAUUACAUAUUAAUGUAAAUAAAUAUAACUGCAAUUGAAAUUUGUUGAUUAAUUUAUAAAAAAACGUUGUGAUUUUUUAACGCAAUUAAUAUUGGUGCAAGAACGAAGAUCGGUAAAGUUAUCUUUUGUUAUUUAUGUUUAUUAACUAAGUUACCAAAAAUCAUUAAGAAAUUUCAAAAUUUUUGUAUUCUUCCGUUUUAAUUUGUCUUUUUUACAAGUGUAACUGAACAAACCUGAAUAGUGUAGGUUCAUAUGUAAAAAACUUGACAAGUUAUUCAAAGUGAUUUGUUGUGCAAUUUUUGUUUUCAGUAUUUUGGUUGAGAUGAUUAGUGCGAUAAAAAUUUGCAUUCUACAUAUUUCUUUAAAAUUAUGCUGUCACACUACUUAAUGAUACUCUUGAUUUGGUAUGUACAUUAUAAUUUUUAUCAAAUGCUCAGGGACCUUAAUAUAUAUAUAACGAAGAUUUUAUUUUUAUUUCUAACGUGAAUUAUCUACAUGUAUUUUAAUAAACUCUGUACAUAAUUUAGUGUAAUUUUAUAGUCUGGAAAGUUUCAUUUUUGUAUGAAAAUAUGUGACUAUACAUGCUUGACUUACGUAUAUUUUAGAAACAUCUCAACUGCUGAAUAAAUUUUGCUGAAUAUCAAAUUAUCAAAAAGGCCUAUUUGAACAAUUUGUUUACAGAAUAAGUUGUAUUUCUUCAGCUUGAUUUAAUAUUUUAUUAAGUUCAAGGGGGAAAUAGGAUUUUUUCUCAUCAGAUUAUAUACGUGAUUUCCCCAUUAAGAGUUACACAAUAACGCAAGAAGUACAACUCGGCGGAGCUAAAACGAACAUAAUCAAAAAGGCUAUUUUUUAAAAGAUUAUUGGAUCUCGCAUUUAAUUUUUUGAGGGAAACUGGAUAUUUUGUGAAAGGACUAAUCUUAAUAGCAAUUCUGUAUAAAUGUAUUUUCUUCUGUAUGCUCUGUAAUGGUUCUGUAUAGGUAAAAUUAUCUGUGAUUCGUUAUAUUUCAUUUGAUAUCAAGGCAGAGUGCAAUGCUUUUUUAUAGUAAAAUUGUGAUUUUGCCAAUUGUCCUAUUAAUGAAUGUUUUAGAAUAAUGUAUUUACUUUAAUUUAUGAAAUAAUUUUCCACAUUUUUAUUUCUUUUGUUUAUAUGAAAUAUGUGAAAUAAUAAUUCCAAACAA